GUGUUUACAGUCGCGAAAAGAUCAAUUGAAGCCAAGAGUGAACAGUGAUUACAUAAAUUGAAGUGAUUUGAACAAAUGAAAAAGUAAAAACUAUUUGACUAUUCUAGAGUGUUCUGAUACUAGAAAUUUCGAUUUUCAACGGUAUAUAAACCGAAAGUGAGUAACUUUUCGUUAGUUUUAUCAUUGUAACAACCAAGAUAUUCGUUUUGAUUAAUUUUAUUACUUUUUUUAUAUUUACAAUGCCAAGGCGAAAAAAAGUAUUUACAAAAGCCAAAGUGGUUUCAAAAAGAAGAAAAAUAGCACGUCAAAAUGAAACAGAAGAACAAAAAGAAAAACGUGUUUUAAACAUUCGUAAAGGAGUAAAAAGAAUUAGAGAAAAUUUAACCGAAGAGGAAAGAGCACGUAUUAAUGAAGAAACCAGAUGUCGAGUAAGAUCACUCAGAAAUCGUCAAUCUGCUGAUCAACGUGAACUGGAAAAUACCAAAAAAAAAGAAAGAAUGGCUACUUUACGCCAACGACGAGCUGCUUCAUGUAAAGUUGGAAGUUUAGAACUUCAGGCUUUCCAUUAUGAUUGCAAAAAACAAUACAGUGAACAUCCAAAUAUUGUCAUCGGAAAAAUGGAUACGAUAUGCGAGUAUUGUCAUGCCCGGAAAUUUAAAGGCGAAACUGCUGGUAUAUGCUGCUCGAGUGGUAAAGUCAAUUUACCAGCACUAGAUGUACCACCACCUCAAUUACUCGCAUAUAUGACUGGAGAAACACCAGAUUCCAAUCAUUUUCUACAAAAUAUACGUCGAUACAACUGUUGUUUUCAAAUGACUUCAUUUGGAGCUUCAUUAAUAUGUCAGGAAGAAAAUUUCAGCCCGGUUUUUAAGGUUCAAGGCCAAAUUUAUCACCGAUUAGGCUCUCUUUUGCCGAUGUCUAAUGAAUCUCCAAAAUUUCUUCAAAUAUACUUUGUUGGUAACGAUGAACUUGAAACAGACCAACGUUGCUCUAACUUUCAGGGACUGCAACGAGAUAUUAUUCAAAAAUUACAACGUCUACUUCAUAAUCAUAAUCAACUAAUCAAUGUGUUCAAGACUUCUCUAGACCAAAUGGCUGCAGAUAAUUAUAAGAUCGUCAUUCGAGCAGAUAAAAGACCAGCCGGUCAACACGAACGAAGGUUUAAUGCACCUCAAACGAACGAAGUUGCCGUAGUCAUUGUUGAUAACGAAUGUAGUCGUCGUGAUAUUAUUAUUCAACGUCGAAGUAAUAAAUUGCAACGUAUUGCUGAAACACAUCGUAGUUAUGAUGCGCUACAAUAUCCGCUAAUUUUUUGGCAAGGUGAGGAUGGUUAUCAUUUCAAUAUUCAACAAAUCAAUCCAGCUACAGGUGUCGAAACUAACAAAAAAGUAUCAGCUAUGCAAUUCUAUGCUUAUCGAAUUAUGACUAGAAAUGGUGAAUAUAACCAUAUUUUAAACUGUCGGCAGCUAUUUCAGCAGUUUAUUGUAGACAUGUAUGCUAAAAUUGAAACGGAAAGAUUAUAUUUUAUUCGCCAUAAUCAACGAAAGUUGCGUUCGGAUGAAUACAUCCAUUUGAAAGAUGCAAUGAUAAAUGAUGGAAACGUCGAUAACAUGGGAAAAUUGGUCAUCUUGCCAUCGACAUUCACUGGAAGUCCACGUCACAUGCAUGAAUAUGCUCAAGAUGCAAUAACUUAUGUUAGGAAACACGGCAGACCAGAUUUAUUUAUAACAUUCACAUGUAAUUCUUCAUGGAUGGAAAUCAAAGAAGAAUUACAAUAUGGUCAGACGGCCAGCGAUCGACAUGAUAUUGUUGCCCGAGUUUUCCGUCAAAAACAAAUUAAAUUUAUAGACGCCAUUGUGAAAAAUCAAAUAUUUGGUGUUGUUAUCUGCUGGAUGUUUUCAAUUGAAUGGCAGAAACGAGGAUUGCCACAUUCACACAACUUAAUUUGGCUCCAAAAUAAAAUUCAACCGAAUCAAAUAGAUGAUAUCAUCAAAGCUGAAUUUCCAAACCCGGAAGAAGAUUCUGAUCUUUAUAGUAUAAUCGUAAAAAACAUGGUUCAUGGCCCGUGUGGUGAGCUAAAUAGAAAUUCUCCGUGUAUGAAAGAUGGAAAAUGUACGAAACGUUAUCCAAAGCCAUUUUUGAACGAAACAGUUACAGGCGAAGACGGAUAUCCUAAAUAUAGACGUCGAUCACCAAAACAAGGCGGAUUUACAGCUAAAAUUAAAAUACGAGGUAAUGCAGAAAUUCAAGUUAAUAAUCAAUGGGUAGUACCAUAUAAUCCACUUUUAUCUAAAAUGUUCAAUGCCCAUAUCAAUGUUGAAUACUGCAGUUCUGUUAAAUCUAUAAAAUAUGUAUGCAAAUAUAUUAACAAAGGCAGUGAUAUGGCUGUUUUUACGUUAACCAAUGAAAACCAGCAUGAUGAAAUAGUACAGUAUCAAAUGGGUCGUUACAUUAAUACCAACGAAGCAAUUUGGCGAAUUUUAAGUUUUCCAAUACACGAUCGAGAUCCACCGGUUCAACAUUUAUCCGUCCACCUAGAAAAUGGACAACGUGUGUUUUUUACAACAGAAACAGCACAAAAAGUUGCGACGGAACCACCAACUCGAACAACUUUAACAGCAUUUUUUGAAUUAUGCCAGAAAGACCAAUUUGCUAAGACUUUACUUUACUCAGAAGUACCCAGCUAUUAUACAUGGGAUACAACAAGUAAACAAUUUAAUCCUCGAAAACGUGGAAUGCAAGUAGAAGGACAUGAUGGAGUGUUCAAGAGUAACACAAUAGGACGAGUCUACACAGUGCAUCCAAAAAACGCUGAAUGUUUCUAUCUACGCUUAUUACUUCACACUAUUCGUGGUCCAACGUGUUUUGAAGACCUAAAAACUGUCAAUGGUUACAUUUGUGAGACAUAUCGUGAAGCAUGUCAAAGAUUGGGUCUACUAGAAAACGAUAAUCAUUGGGAGUUAGCUAUGAAUGAAGCAGCCCAAACGGCAACAGCAAGUCAAAUUCGUGAGCUAUUUGCAAUCAUAUUAACUACAUGUAAUCCUUCUAAUCCAAAUCGACUAUGGCUUAAAUAUCGAGAAUAUAUGAGCGAUGACAUCUUGGCUGAUUUACGACAGCAAAAUCCGGACUUAGAAAUUAAUUUUAAUGAAGAAAUUUUUAACAAAGCUUUGAUAUUGAUAGAAGAUAAAUGUUUAGCAAUUUCUAACCAAACGUUAAUACAACUAGGUGUUCAAUCUCCUAAACGAAAUCAUUUGGAUGUUAUGAACAGUGAAUUUUUAAGAGAAACAAAUUAUAAUAUCGACGAAUUGAGGCUUUACAUCCAACACAACAAACCCUUAUUAAUUGAGAGUCAAAAACAAGCUUACGACAUAAUAAUGGAUUAUUAUAAAAAUCAGCGAAGUGGUAUAAUAUUUUUAGACGCACCUGGUGGCACCGGGAAAACAUUUUUGAUAAAUUUAAUUCUAGCUGAAAUCCGUGCAAAUAAAGAAAUCGUUCUCGCCCUAGCAUCAUCUGGAAUAGCGGCAACACUUAUGGAUGGUGGACGAACGGCACAUUCUGGUUUAAAAUUACCAUUAGAUGUAGCUAACUACGAAUUCCCGGUAUGUGACAUCACAAAAUCAUCGGCACGUGGACAAAUAUUAAAACAGUGCAAAGCCAUUAUAUGGGAUGAAAGCACAAUGGCUCAUAGAAAAUCCCUAGAAGCACUAAACAGAACACUUCAAGAUUUACGCGACAACACGAAUAUAAUGGGAGGUGUAUUGUUAAUACUAUCAGGCGAUUUCCGUCAAACGCUACCUGUCAUUCCGAAAUCAACGCCGGCAGAUGAAAUUAACGCUUGCCUGAAGAAGUCGUUCAUAUGGGAACAGGUAAAAAUAAUUAAAUUAACAACAAAUAUGAGAGCACAGAUUUCAGGAGAUGAAAAGGCCCAAGAAUUUGCUGAAAAACUUUUACAAAUAGGAGAGGGCACUUAUCCAAUAGACGAAAAUACUGGCCAAAUCACACUAACUAAUGAGUUAUGUAAUGCUGUUGAAACACCGGAACAACUUAUAAAUGAAGUGUAUCCAAGUAUUGCUGAAAAUUAUACUAAUUCAGAAUGGUUACGGGAGCGCAUUAUUCUAGCCACGAAAAACGACAUUGUCAAUAGCAUCAACAACAUCAUCCAGGAAAUGAUUCCGGGAGAAGAGAAAAUCUACAACUCAAUCGAUACAAUGACUGAUGAACAAGAAAGCGUAAAUUUUCCUUCUGAAUUUUUGAAUUCACUAAAUGUUCCAGGAAUGCCAUUGCACUGCCUUAAAUUGAAAGUUGGUUCACCAAUUAUUCUAUUACGAAAUCUGAACUCGCCAAAAUUGUGUAAUGGUACGAGACUCUGUAUUAAACAGCUACAAAAUAACAUCAUCGAAGCCAGUAUAAUGACUGGUAAAGAAAAAGGACAAAUAGUAUUUAUACCACGAAUACCUUUAAUAUCAAAUGGAUUGCCCUUUACGUUUAAACGUUUACAAUUCCCGGUGAAGUUGGCUUACAGUAUGACCAUCAACAAAGCACAGGGCCAAACAUUCAAAUACUGUGGCGUUGACUUAAAGGAACCAUGCUUUGCACAUGGUCAAUUAUACGUUGCAUGCUCACGAGCAGGAUCACCUCGAAAUUUGUUCAUCUACAGCCCGGGCAAUAAAACAAUAAAUGUAGUCUAUAAGCAAGUAUUAUAGAAAAAUUAAACAAAAUGUAAAUGUAUAAUAUAACGUGUAAUAUGUUAAUGUAUUUAUCAUAUAUGUAGUAUGUAGAAUAUCAUAUGUAAAUAAUUGUGUGAAUAAAACAUAAAUUUUCCAUUUA